GACAGACAGGUGCACGUAGUUCUUGUGCGAGCAGCUGGAGGACUACAACAUGCUGCAAUUAAGAGGCGAUUCUGGUCCCCGGUGGAUAGCCGUCCUCCUGCUAUGGGCGGCGCUGUGCUGCCUUUUCGUCCCUGCAGUCACGGUAAAGCAUGAGAAUUUCAAGACAUGCGACCAGUCCGGCUUUUGUAAACGCAACCGUCAAUUCGCCGAUGCGGCCGCAGCCACGAGCUCGUGGGCCUCCCCGUAUACCGUCGACCCCGCCACAAUCACCUUCAAAGACGGGGAGCUACACGCCACGGUUCUCAAGACACUGCAAAUUGGGCAGGAGAAGGUCGAGCUUCCUCUUACCGUCACAUUCCUCGACUCCGGGGUCGCGCGCGUUACGCUGGACGAGGCGAGGCGGCUGAAGGGUGACAUUACUCUGCGACACGACAGCAAGGCGCGGAAGGAGCGGUACAACGAGGCUGGGAAGUGGGCACUGGUUGGUGGAUUGAAGGUUGCCGACGGUGCUGCGCUCAGCGAGACGGCCGAUGAGGGGUAUACCAAGGUAUUCUACGGCGAGGGAAGCAAGCACCAGGCUGUCAUCCGACACGCACCUUUUGGCAUUGAAUUCCAAAGGGACGGAGAGACGCAAGUCAAGUUCAACGAGCGCGGUCUGCUGAACCUCGAGCAUUGGCGACCAAAGACAGAGAAGCCGGCCGAGGAGAAGAGAGAAGGCGAGGAAGAGACUAAGGAAGAAGAGAAGAAAGAAGAGAUUGCUGGCGAAGACGAGAGCACGUGGUGGGAUGAGAGUUUUGGCGGAGCUACCGACUCGAAGCCCAGGGGCCCGGAAGCGAUCGCGUUGGAUAUCACCUUCCCGGGCUAUGACCACGUUUUUGGCAUUCCUGAGCAUGCCACCGGCCUGUCUUUGAAGACCACCAGGGGCGGUGAUGGAGCAUAUAGCGAGCCAUACCGACUAUAUAACGCGGACGUCUUCGAGUACGAAAUGGACAGCCCCAUGACGCUCUAUGGUGCCAUCCCCUUCAUGCAAGCCCACCGCAAGGGCUCGACUGUCGGUGUUUUCUGGCUAAACGCCGCUGAGACAUGGAUCGAUGUGGUCAAGGCCAAGUCGAGCGCGAACCCUCUUGCACUUGGUGUGAAGAGCCACACUGACACUCAGACUCAUUGGAUCUCUGAGAGCGGUCAGUUGGACGUCUUUGUGUUUCUGGGCCCCACGCCACAAGAUCUCACCCGUCAGUAUGGCGAGCUGACUGGCUACACCGCUAUGCCCCAGUCCUUCGCCAUUGCCUACCACCAGUGCCGGUGGAAUUAUGUUACCGACGAAGAUGUCAAGGAUGUCGAUCGCAAGUUCGACAAGCACAAGAUACCGUACGAUGUCAUCUGGCUUGACAUUGAAUAUACACAGGAGAAGAAGUACUUCACCUGGGAUCCUCUGACCUUCGUCAACCCUGAUAAAAUGGGCAAGCAGCUGGACAAGAGCGACAGGAAGCUUGUGGUCAUCAUUGACCCCCACAUCAAGAACACGGACAACUACCCAGUUAUUGACGAGCUAAAGAAGAAAGAUCUUGCUGUAAAGAACAAAGAGGGCAACCAAUACGAGGGCUGGUGCUGGCCAGGCAGCUCCAUGUGGAUCGAUUGCUUCAACCCCGCCGCCAUCUCCUGGUGGAAGGGCCUCUUCAAGUAUGACAGUUUCAAGGGAACGCUCCCCAACACAUUCAUCUGGAACGACAUGAACGAGCCUUCCGUCUUCAACGGACCUGAGACGACUAUGCCCAAGGACAACAUCCACUUUGGUGGUUGGGAGCACCGCGAUGUGCACAACUUGAACGGCAUGACUUUCCACAACGCAACCUACCAGGCCAUCGCCGAGCGUAAGAAGGGAGAACUUCGCCGCCCAUUCGUACUUACGCGUUCCUUCUACUCUGGCAGCCAGCGCUCCGCUGCUAUGUGGACUGGUGACAACCUUGCCGAAUGGUCCCAUCUGGAGGCGUCUCUUCCCAUGAUCUUGAACCAGGGUAUCUCCGGCUUCCCGUUCGCAGGCGCUGAUGUUGGCGGUUUCUUCGGUAACCCUAGUAAGGAGUUGUUGACACGAUGGUAUCAGGCUGGAAUCUACUACCCUUUCUUCCGCGGCCACGCCCACAUCGACACACGCCGCCGCGAACCUUAUAUUCCCGGUGCGCCAUACACGGAGAUUAUCACCCAGGCGCUUAGGCUUCGAUACCAGCUUUUGCCUGUGUGGUACACGGCCUUCCGUGAGGCGCACACCACCGGCGCUCCUAUCGUUCGUCCGAACUUCUACGUCCACCCAGAGGACGAGAGGGGUUUCGCAGUCGACGAUCAAUUGUACAUUGGAUCCACUGGCUUGCUUGCCAAGCCAGUCACCAAAGAGGGCGCAACCAGCGUAGACGUGUACCUUGCAGACGACCAACCGUACUAUGACUACUUUGACUACACGCGCUACCAGGGCGCAGGCACACAUACCGUUUCCGCGCCGCUCGAAAAGAUCCCGCUACUCAUGCAGGGCGGACACAUCAUCCCGCGUCGCGACCGCCCUCGGCGCUCGAGCGGUCUGAUGAAGUUCGACCCCUUCACUCUCGUCGUCGUGCUCGACAAGGAGAACGCCGCCAAGGGCGAGCUCUACCUCGAUGACGGCGAGACCUUCGACUACGAGGCCGGCGCGUACAUCCACCGCCGCUUCGCGUUCGACGGCAAGCGCAGCAUCCUAACCUCCACCAACGCCGUACCCUUGGGCGCAAAGUUUACCGCGAAGCUAGAGGCCUACCUCAAGAGCAUGAGCAAGGUCCGCGUCGAGAAGGUUAUCAUCGUUGGUGCACCGAAGGCGUGGAAGGACAAGACGGAGGUCGUGGUCAUGGAAGAGGGCGCGAAGGAAAGCGCGAGGAGGAAGACGGUCGCCAUGGAGUUCCACGCUGGGAGCGGGAAGCAGGCGGACUGGGCUAUUGUGCGGGACCCGAAGGUGGGCAUUGGACGCGGGUGGAAGAUUGACUUCUCGUAGAUGGUGGAAGGAUAAUAUGAGCAAUGUGGAGUUGCGUAAGCGCGGAGGAGCACACUGAAGCAUGAGGUUGUAUACAGUACGAAGCUAGUCGAGUUGGGCCUAGGGCUCUAGCUGCGAGGGAAAACGCAACAAGAUGCGUGAGGAGUAGACAUAGACUCGGAAGUGAUUAGCAUUGCAUGGUAUUCCUU